ACUGAGCAAGGCAGGGAUCGAACCGCAACCUCAUGCUUCCUAGUCAGAUUUGUUAACCACUGCGCCACAAUGGGAACUCCUGCUUUGUGUUCUUUUAGUAAGUCCUUCCACAUUUUGCAGAAUUGCCCUUUGGACUAUUAUUUCCCAGGUUAAGCUCCUCUAGCUCCUUUCCAGGGGUGAGCCACCACCUCAAAACUCAGACUCUUGAGUGUUUGUAAAGUGAGUGGAGCACCCAGCAUUGCAGAGAGGAUAUACCAGAGUUCUUGACCCAGUUCAGGAGUGCCAACUUCCUGUGGUUGUCUUGCUUAAGAUGGCCCUGCCUUACCCGGCCUCCCUUACGGCAGAUUCAGAGGGAAGUGCACCUUCCUGAAUUAAUUGGUGUCAAGAAAGAGGGUGGGGCUUGUUAACGUUAUAACUCAUAUCGCUCGUGAGUUUCACUUUUGACUGCAUACCAGUUCAGUGGGACACCUCAUAUUGAGAGAAAAGCCCAGAUCCAAGGAGAGUGACCAACUGGUGUUUCUCCCAGGUGGCCGCACCCUACAGUGGAACCCAUAUGGACCCCAUUGGGCCUCGAGGGUUGCAGCAAAGGGAAGGAGCCCUCGGCUGCCCCCAGGAAGGCUUGCCUUCCCCUUCAGAAAGCUCUGAGCUGGUACAGGAGUGCCUGCAGCAGUUCAAGGUGACAGAGGCACAGCUGCGGCAGAUCCAGGCCAGCCUCCUGGGCUCCAUGGAGCAGGCACUGAGUGGGAAGGCCAGCCCUGCCCCUGCUGUUCGGAUGCUGCCCACAUAUGUGGGGUCUAUCCCACAUGGCACUGAGCAAGGAGACUUCCUGGUGCUGGAGCUGGGAGCCUCAGGAGCCUCACUGCGUGUUUUGUGGGUGACCCUGAUGGGCGUUGAGGGACACAAGACAGAGCCCCGGAGCCAGGAGUUUGUGAUCCCUCAAGAGGUGAUGCUGGGUCCUGGUCAACAGCUCUUUGAUUUUGCCGCCCGCUGUCUGUCUGAGUUCCUGGAUGCGCUCCCUGUGGGCAAGCAGGGUCUGCAGCUUGGGUUCAGCUUCUCCUUCCCUUGUCACCAGACAGGCCUGGACAAGAGCACCCUCAUUUCCUGGACUAAAGGUUUUAAGUGCAGUGGUGUGGAAGGCCAGGAUGUGGUCCAGUUGCUACGAGAUGCCAUCCAGAGGCAGGGGACCUACAGCAUCGAUGUGGUUGCCGUGGUGAAUGACACAGUGGGCACCAUGAUGGGCUGUGACCUGGGGGUUGGGCCGUGCGAAGUUGGGCUGGUUGUAGACACCGGCACCAAUGCGUGUUACAUGGAGGAGGCCCGGCAUGUGGCGGUGCUGGGUGAGGACCGGGGCCGAGUCUGCAUCAGCGUCGAGUGGGGCUCCUUCAGUGAUGAUGAGGCCUUGGGACCAGUGUGGACCAUCUUCGACCGCACCCUGGACCAGGAGUCCCUGAAUCCGGGUGCCCAGAGGUUUGAGAAAAUGAUUGGGGGCUUGUACCUGGGUGAGCUGGUACGGCUGGCGUUGGCUGACUUGGCCCAGCGCGGGGUCCUCUUUGGCGGUUCCACCUCCCCAGUGCUGCUGAGCCCAGGCAGCAUCCUCCUGGAACACGUGGCUGAGAUGGAGAAUCCCUCUGGUGGGACAGCCCGUGUGCACGCUCUCUUGGGGCUGAACCCAAGGACCUCAGAUGCUGAGCUUGUGCAGCAAGUGUGUGCAGCUGUGAGCACACGGGCUGCCCAGCUCUGUGCAGCUGCCCUGGCCGCCAUCCUCUCCCGCCUCCAGCACAUCAGGGAGCAGCAGAAGCUUCAGAUUGCUGUGGCCACUGGAGGCCGAGUAUUUGAGCAACACCCCAGGUUCCUCGCCAUCCUGCAGGAGACAGUGAUGCUCUUGGCCCCUGAAUGUGAUGUCUCCUUCAUCCCCUCUGUGGAUGGUGGUGGCCAGGGCGUGGCGAUGGUGACUGCUGUGGCCGCCCGCCUGGCUGCCCACCGGCGCCUGCUGGAGGAGACCCUGGCACCAUUCUGGUUGACCCGUGAGCAGCUAGUAGCAUUGCAGAGGCAGAUGCGAGAGGCCAUGGCCAAGGGCCUCCAGGGAAAAACUUCCUCCCUCCGCAUGCUGCCCACUUAUGUCCGGGCCAUACCUGAUGGCAGUGAGCGUGGGGACUUCCUGGCGUUGGACCUGGGGGGCACCAACUUCCGCGUCCUCCUGGUGCGUCUGGCCUCUGGAGGUGUGCAGAUCACCAACCAGAUCUACUCUAUCCCAGAGUAUGUGGCCCAGGGCUCUGGAGAGCAGGGUAUCCUCCUGAACUGGACAAAGGGUUUCAGCGCAUCUGACUGUGAGGGCCAAGACGUCGUAUAUCUGCUGCGGGAAGCCAUCAAGCGCAGACAGGCAGUGAAGCUGAAUGUGGUUGCUAUUGUCAAUGACACGGUGGGGACCAUGAUGUCCUGUGGCUAUGAGAAUCCCCACUGCGAGGUCGGCCUUAUUGUUGGAACUGGCACCAAUGCCUGCUACAUGGAGGAGCUCCGGAAUGUGGCAAGUGUACCUGGGGACUCAGGCCACAUGUGCAUCAACAUGGAGUGGGGUGCCUUUGGGGAUGAUGGCUCUCUAGGCAUGCUCAGCACCUACUUUGAUGAAAGGGUGGAUCAGGCUUCCAUCAACCCCGGCAGGCAGAGGUUUGAGAAGAUGAUCAGUGGCAUGUACCUGGGGGAGAUUGUCCGCCACAUACUCCUGCAUCUGACCAGCCGUGGAGUUCUCUUCCGGGGCCAGCAGAUCCAGUGCCUCCAGACCAGGGACAUCUUCAAGACCAAGUUUCUCUCUCAGAUUGAAAGCGACAGCCUGGCUCUGAGGCAGGUCCGAGCCAUCCUGGAGGAUCUGGGGCUGCCCCUGACCUCAGAUGAUGCCCUGAUGGUCCUGGAGGUGUGCCAGGCUGUGUCCAGGCGGGCCGCCCAGCUUUGUGGGGCAGGUGUGGCUGCUGUGGUGGAGAAGAUCCGUGAGAACCGGGGCCUGGAAAAGCUGACCGUGUCUGUGGGGGUGGAUGGGACCCUCUACAAGCUACAUCCCCACUUCUCCAGGCUGGUGGAAGAAACAGUGCAGGAGCUGGCCCCUUGCUGUGAGGUCACCUUUCUGCAAUCAAAGGACGGGUCUGGCAAAGGUGCAGCCCUGGUCACCGCUGUUGCCUGCCGCCUUGCCCAGAUGACCCGUGUCUGAAGAAGUUUCCAGCAACAAGUUUUGCUGGACCAGCCAGGCCCAGACACCCAUGAUUUCCAGAAUAGUCAUGAUCCCUCCAUGGCCACCGGCCUCAACCCCUAGCCUUCCCCGAGAGAUGGAGCACUUGGGU